AGGAGCACUUCAUGUGCUCUUCGUAUAAGAAGUGUGCCGUGUCCAGCUCAGAGCUUCACACAGCUACUCAGGAGAAACGAAAUGAUCUACCCUGGCGCCGCAGCAAAAUGCUGGAUGGACACCUACUCCUGGGAUGGUUAUCGUUCACACUGGUAGUCCUUGUCUUCUACUUGCCACCGCCCAGCACAGCCUAUUUCGGGCUGACAGGUAAUGAGCCGCUGUCUAUCCUGCCAUUGAACUCUCUACCGGAGGAGAGCGUGGGCCGGGCCCACUACAAGCUGUGCGACCGGCUCAAACUGGAAAAGAAGCAACGCAGGAUGUGCAGACGUGACCCAGGCGUGGCUGAGACCUUGCGAGAGGCCAUCACCAUGAGCGCCCAAGAAUGCCAGUAUCAGUUCCGCUUCGAGAGGUGGAAUUGCACCUUAGAGGGGCGUCACAGAGCCAACAUGCUCAAGAGAGGAUUCAAGGAGACCGCCUUCCUGUAUGCCAUUUCUUCGGCGGGUUUGACGCACGCCAUGGCCAAAGCGUGCAGCGCGGGCCGCAUGGAACGCUGCACGUGUGACGAGGCGCCCGACCUGGAGAACCGCAAGGCAUGGCAGUGGGGAGGCUGCGGCGACAACCUGAAAUACGCCAACAAGUUUGUCAAAGAUUUCCUGGGCAAGCGCUCCAACAAAGACUUACGCGCACACGUGGACAUGCACAACACCAACGUGGGCCUGAAGGUCAUCAAGGCUGGUGUGGAGACUACCUGCAAGUGCCACGGCGUCUCCGGCUCCUGCACCAUCCGGACCUGUUGGAGACAGCUGAAGCCCUUCCACGAGGUCGGCAAGCAGCUCAAGCAACGCUACGAGACCUCGGUUAAGGUGGGCAGCUCCACCAACGAGGCUACGGGGGAGGGCGACAUCUCCCCCUCGGGCCGGAGCCAACCGCAGCUGCAGCAGCAGGCGCCUCCGCUCCUGCAGCUCAACGAGCAGAUCCCCCGCACCAUGAACCUGCUGCACAUCGAGGACUCGCCCAGCUUCUGCAGGCCCAGCAAGUACUCGUCGGGAACGGCCGCCCGCAAGUGCUACAAGGACAAGAACUGUGACGCAAUCUGCUGCGGGCGGGGCCACAACACGCAGAGCCGGGAGGUGACGCGCCCUUGCCAGUGCCAAGUGCGCUGGUGCUGCUAUGUGGAAUGCAAGCAGUGCACGCAGAGGGAGGAAGUGUACACCUGUAAGGGCUGAACGCCAUCACAGGAGUGGUGACACUGAUAAGCACUUUGAGGGAUUUUCUUUCUUUUUUUUUUUUUUUUUUUUUUUUUUUAAUUCAAAGACAUCAUUUUUCUCAGACAACUGGGUGAACAUCUCAAGCCUUGACCAGACCCUUCUUACUCAACAAGCCGUUUCACGUGCAAGCAUAGUCAAGAGACUGACGAAAGAAGAAGGACGACGCAUGUGUGUUUGUAUCCGCUGACGGGGAUGCAUCAACGACUUCCAACAAAAACACAGACAGGGUGUAAGAAUUUUACUCUACACGCACAUAUCUACGCGCGCACACAUCGUGUGUUUGCAUAUGCAUGUAAAUAACUUUAUAAAAGGGUUUAUGUAUAUAAUAUAUAUAUAUAUAUAUAUAUAUAUAGUUCAGCCAUUAUACAAGCCACUAAUCUAAUUUUAUGGUAAAACAAACCACUAACUGCACAGACGCUUUGCUGUUUGUGCGAACGUUCCCGCCUUUUGGAAACUUUAAGUAUGAAUGUUUCCUUCAUGUGGCGGGGAAAACAAAUCCAAACUUUUUUUUUUUUUAAUAAUGUAAAAGAUCAAUUGCAGCUGUAAGUUGCAAUGUCAUCAUAACUGGACACUUUCUUCGAAACACCUGCGCGACACGAAAGACCCAAUUAAGGAGCUGUAUCCACAAUUGUGGCUUUCCAAAGAUAAUGACUCUCACAAUGAUUACCAUCGUGGCGGUUGUGUCAUGCUUCAAUCAUUGGGCUGAAUUGGAGCAUCUCAUCCCUUCCUAUCAAAGUGAGAAAAGGCCCAAUUAUCAGACGUUUCCUGAGUGAUGACCCUUACGUGCGGUUUGUAUGAAGGGUCAUUUUUCCUCCCCUUAUCUGCAGGCAAAGGACGUCUCAAUAAGAUUAUUGAUUAUGAUUAUGAACUUGUUGUGUGUUGAUGUAUACACACAGAACACCCCGCUUUACCUUAUUUCACUACACGAUAUUAGAAACGGGAGUGUGACGCAGUGCCGUUCUACAGCACCAACUGCAGCAAUAAAUAAUGUUAAAUAAAUACACAGUGGGAAUUGUGGUUGGGCGAAAUGUUUUGGACAAUUCUACGUGGGAACAGUUUGGGGGUAACAUUCUCUUUUCUGUUCCCUGGGUGGGAUCGGCACAGGUGUACCCAAUAUCGUGACUGACGGGCAGAUGCAAAUGAGGAAUACAAAUACAGUACGUCCCUCUGCCUUCAUCCGAACAAUGUUCAGGGAAUAAGUCAGACCACUACGAUUGUUUGGGGCAACCAUCCAUCAUGACGACAGUGGCCUUACUAGAUAACUGGACGGACGUAGCCAGCAUAUUAAUAUCGUUGAGCCAUCUUCCUCAUUCGCAUAAUCAACCCAGUCAUCUGAUCCCCUGAUUGUAGACCAUGACGAUAAAGACUUCUGUAUCGUCUGCAAUUAGGUUCUGGUAAUCAUUGAUCAAAUAUACAGUAUAUAUUGUAGGAACUUGUGUAUACCUUGUUUGUGACUACUGAGUGAGGGGGGGACCCAGCUUUGUAUGAUAGCGCUCAUUCCCACACUGAAGCCUCAAAAGCCCUUUAAGGUAUAUAUAAAUAUAUUUUAAAUCUAUAUUUAUGGAUGCAGCAUAUAUAUAUAUAUAUAUAUAUAUAUAUAUAUAUAUAUAUAUAUAUAUAUAUAAAAUGUAAAUAGGUUUCUUUUCCUGUGGUUAAAAGGCACAUGUUCAACUAUUGCAAGAAACGAGCUAUAGUGGUACCCUGCAGUUUUCUACAACAAAAACGGGAGGCAAUGUUUGAAGUCAUAUAAAGAUUAUUAACGGUCGUACAGUUAACAGGUCAAAUACCAAAAUGUUAGAAACAUUAAAACUCUCAGUAAACACUCCCGACUCAAAUGAGAGCACACAAUGUAGCAUUCUACUGGAUAUAUUUACUUGCUCCUUGUCAAAUGUCACAUGGGCAAAGUUUAAAACAUAAACAUACACAUGAAUAACACUCCACUUUUCGAUCACACAUGACAAGCAGCUAGCAUGAGAAGUAAACAUAGCAAUCCACAUCUUUACUCACUGCUCCUUGUCCAAUGUCAAGUCAAGUCAAGUACAACUUUAUUGUCAAAUGUAAAAUGUAAAAUGUUUAAAAUGUAACCCUUAGUAUCCCACCGUUUGUUUACGAGUGACAAGCACGUGGCAGCCCGCCAUGAUGGCUAGCAUGAGAAGCUAAUGAAGCAGUCUACAACCAUACUUGUCCGACAGCGCAAAUAGACGGAUUCAAAUGCACCUCACCACUCACAUGAGAUCUGAAUCUAAGGCUACAUUCACACUGCAGCGGAACGUCGAUUUAUUUAAGUUUUUUGCCUACAUGUGACACAUAUCUGAUUUCAGUGUGAGCAGUACAAUUCACAUUUUUUCAAAUCCGACUUGGGACUCUUUAAAUUAUGGAUAUAAAUCGAAUAUGUAUGCGAUGCGCAGUAUGAACGCUCAUCCACACACAUCCGGCCUAGACAUCAACAGCACAAUAUGUUCUCUGCACUGGCGGUUUUGAUCGAGGGCUUGGGAGACUACUGACACUGUGCGUAGAUCUGCAAAGUUGAUUUGAGUAACAGUUGUUUAAUCCCACUUGAAAAAUGCAAACAAGCAUAAAGCGAAUAUUUGUGGUGAUAGUUGUAAUUCAGCCACGCAGACGCUACGUGCAGCAUUGACAAGAUGUCAUCUUCAGUAGACGUCUCCAUUCAAUGAGGAGAUCGAUGAGCGUUGACUCAUAUCCCCAAAGUAUUUCCACCUCUUCCCGCCUUGUUACUCUAGCGAUAUGAGAUGAUAAAAUGAACCUGUACAUGCGGGACCAAUUUUUUUGGAAGUUGGAACCAAGUUAAAAUCAGGAAGGGCAGAAACUGAUGAACUCAAGUUCAAGAUACAGAAUAAUUCAAAUCAAUGUCCCUUCUUUGGGUGAAGUGGAUCAAUACCUGCAAAAAGUUCUGCCUCGGGACGAACAACAGGAAGUAGAAACCUAACAAAAUAAAAUUGGUAACUAACCACAUGGCACUGAAAUACUUUUUUUUUCCAUACAAAAUCGAAACCAAAGUUGUUUGCUGCGGCUGAGAAAGGUUGCAGCUGUCAGUCCUGCACAGUAGACAAAAACAUCAUGUCAAAAAUACCAACCAAAUGUAAUCAUAGCUAACCCAGAGUGCUAACCCAGACAAAAAAAAAAAAAAGCACAGCACAAACAUGCUCUAAUGCUCGACACAAGUCAUAAAAAGUUGGCUGACAGAGACUGAGUCCUCGUUUGGAUACAAAAACCACGAGUAGAAAACCGAACAAACUUAAAUUGGUAGCUAAUCACAUAACGCUUCGACACUUGGAUAACAUUAAAUCAAAACUUAAGUUCUUUGUUCAUUAAAAAAAAUGGCCCAUGCCAGUUUGAGAGUUCGAGCUCCUAAAAUAAUAACAGGAAGUCGAAACUUACCGAAAUAUAAUGGUAACAUACUGUACCUAGAGGUCAGCUAGCUCAGAAAAAAACAAAACAAAAAAUACAUCCAGGGGGUAACUACUGUAAUAUGGAUUCAAAUGCAUGUCACCCGUCACACAAGAGCCAAAUCAAAGUUCUGUUUUCACAAAAAGUUGGACAAUACAAGCUGUAGUACUAGCUUGGAAACAAAAACAGAAAGUAGAAACCUACCAAAAUGACAUUGGUAUUUAGCCUAAGUACAUGAGGCUUAGACAUUUUGGACGCACAAACUCUAAAGUCCUUUGUUUACCCCCAAAUUGGUGAGUACCGCUGGAGAGUCCUAGCUCACAACAAAAAAUGUGAAGUGCAAACCGAAACUUAUAAAUCCUUUGAUGCUGGAUGAAAUGAGGUCUCGUGAGCUGCUUGACGUUGAUUGUGUGAACUUCAUAUGUUUCGUCCAAAUGUCGGUUUGGGGCAUUGGAGCUACAGGGUACCACUGUAUUGAUUCUAAUCAUAGAUACUGCACCGUGACGCCGUGGUCGAGAAUUUGAAGCAUUUCGAUAAGCAAAUAAAAGACACGGAGAAGUUUGCACGCUACAUGCAAACCAUAAUAACCAUGCAGCGCAAAUGCCUCCUUGCCACAGCACACUUUUGGUAUGUGCUCAGCCCCCCUCCACCGAGAAAACACCAACUUCUCUUGGCAGGUGAACCCGUUGAAGACAAACAGGAAUACCAAAUGCCCACUGAGUGCAUUCUUUUGGCUUUGCUUAUAGAUUGCAUAUAAGGAGAAUAAUGCAGCAAGAUGACCAUCAUUCUCAAAAUCCAAAACUCUGCACUGUUUAGUGAGCAAACAUGUAAAAAAAAAAAAAAAAAAUCUAUUUUGUAAAAAUAAAUAAAUAAAUUAUUUUUUAAAUAUAUAUGAGCAUGUGUUUAGUGUAAAUAUGACUAAACUGAUUUUGUAUCCUGUAUUUUGUAUUUUUUUUUUGGUUGGUUUUCAAAAAGCAUGUAUUCAUAUGCAAACUUCUGUUUUUCAAAGCACUAA